AUGUUUUUUUUAGAAUGCUUUGACCUUCCUGCUGACGAUGAAGAUCCAGUAUUAGUUCAAUCGCCAGAUAAAGAAUUAACACAGUAUUUGUCUUCAAAUGAUACACUUGAAUCUGAUGGGGAUGUUUUAUUAUUCUGGAAAAAGUAUCAGAGUACAUUUCCAACUCUUGUUGCGAUAGUAAAGAAUAUUUACAGUAUUCCAGCUUCUAAUACUACAGUCGAAUGUUUGUUUUCGACAUCUAGUAAUACUAUUUCUGAUCGACGAAUAAACUUAGAUGCCGAAAAGGUGAACAAAUUACUUUUUCUUAAUAAAAAUCUAUUAACAUUAAAAGAACUUGAUCUUCAACAAUCGUUACACAUACACGAAAAACGAAAACUAGAUUACAUGGCACGACCUUCAUCUUCGACAAACUCGAGCAGUGUUGGUGGCAACGAUGAUGAUGAAGAAGAAAUAUUUUGUUCCUCAUCAACAACGAAAAAAGCUCGAACUUUUGAUGGCAAUGAAUUUUGUGAUGAGGAAGUCAUCGACGAACAGGAAUAA